AGCAUCUCCGAGCCGCUCUGCCUUUCCGAUCAGACUCUUGUCUCACCCAGUUGUCAUAGUGACGGAGGGCAGCAAGAAGAGCCCGCUCACUGCGCCACCUGAUUGUGAGUGUGAGAGCGAGAGAACCAGACAGAGGGCAGAAAGCAGGCGACACAGAAGCGUGCUGCGGCAGCCAUGGAGAGCCAGGUUCUUUUUCUGCUGUGAUCAGUGUUUUCAUUGUCGUGGGGACCGCAGAAUCUCCUCCGCUCUUUGUAAGACUAUAUAUGUGCUUUUAAAGGGAAGAUGCUGACAUGCUGUGGCAUGUGUGUCAGGUGUAAAUAGGAAGGAAAUCCAUGUGUGCUGAUUCCUAUGAAAGCACGGUGAGAGUUGAUGCUGGGGCACACACAGCAGGCCUGACCAGGGGCCCUAUGUGCCAUGGAAGAAUGCAAGCAGAUUAUGGCACGGCAGAAGUCUAACAGCCAGUCAGACUCCCAUGACGAUGAGGUUUCUCCUCCUCCUCCAAACCCGGUCGUCAAGGCCCGGCGCCGCAGGGGAGGAGUCAGCGCCGAAGUGUACACCGAGGAGGACGCCGUCAGCUAUGUUCGCAAGGUGAUUCCAAAGGACUACAAGACCAUGACUGCCUUGGCCAAGGCCAUCUCCAAGAAUGUGCUGUUUGCUCACCUAGAUGACAACGAGAGAAGUGACAUAUUUGAUGCCAUGUUCCCGGUCACCCACAUUGCAGGGGAAACGGUCAUCCAGCAAGGCGAUGAAGGAGACAACUUCUAUGUGAUUGACCAAGGUGAAGUGGACGUGUAUGUGAAUGGUGAGCUGGUGACCAACAUCGGUGAGGGAGGAAGUUUUGGUGAGCUGGCCCUGAUCUAUGGCACUCCCAGAGCUGCCACUGUUAAGGCCAAAACUGAUCUUAAGCUGUGGGGCAUCGACAGAGACAGCUACCGCCGCAUCCUCAUGGGAAGUACUCUGAGAAAGAGAAAGAUGUAUGAAGAGUUCCUCAGUAAGGUCUCCAUCCUUGAGUCUUUGGAUAAGUGGGAGCGCCUGACUGUGGCUGAUGCUCUGGAGCCUGUUCAGUUUGAAGACGGGGAGAAGAUUGUGGUGCAGGGAGAGCCUGGAGAUGACUUCUUCAUUAUUACAGAGGGAAUUGCCUCCGUUCUGCAGCGCAGAUCUGACAAUGAAGAGUAUGUGGAGGUCGGACGCCUUGGGCCCUCUGACUACUUUGGCGAGAUCGCCCUGCUGCUGAACCGCCCCCGAGCAGCCACCGUUGUCGCCCGUGGGCCCCUCAAGUGCGUGAAGCUGGACCGACCCCGCUUUGAGCGCGUGCUGGGGCCGUGCUCUGAGAUCCUCAAGAGGAACAUCCAGAGAUACAACAGCUUCAUCUCCCUCACAGUGUGAGGGUCCCCUCCCACUCCACCAGCAGGGUGUGCACCAUCAUCAGCAGCAUCACAGGUCUAGCGUAAGGGUUGUUAACUGGGGGGUGUGAGGACACAGUGUGGGAAACGGGGAUUUUAAAUCUAAAUGACACAAAAAGCUUGUUUCCUACCUUUGAUUCUUUCAUUUAUCGCUUUUUUUUUUACUUGUGCACUUUGACUCUAUCUUUGUCAUGUAGCUUUAUGUCAUAAACAGCGCAGGAGCAGAAAAAAAGCUGAACAAGGACAGAAACCAUCGAAUUCAUGAAGUUAUGAGUCAUGAUGCACGUGGGGGACUCGUACAAAAAUGGUGUUUGCACUUUGAUGUAUUUUAGAGAGCAUGUGGAUACCUUCAGGAAUCACAGAGGAAGUGAGGUCAUGUUUACGCACAGCGGGAGAAAGUGGCGUCACAUUUCUAUGCUCGCUGGAUGUCGUUGCGUUUUAAUGGAUUUUAUUUUCACCUCUACCUGUUGGUUGUAUCAUUUCUCUAUCAAAACAGAAAGGCAUUACACAAGUCUUUGUUCGCUGAAAUGUACUGUAGUCAGACAGGUAUGAAGAACACUUUUUUUUUUUCUGUUUUGUUAUUUUCUUUGCUUCUAAAGGAUGCUUUCAGUUCGAUUAACAGGUUAAAGGUGAUUAAAUGUAGCUUGGGACUGGUUUGUAGAUUGUUUUUAAUACUGAAGUGAAACAAUAAUGAACGUUAAAAUAUCUUGAGUUAAAACUUGUACUGUCUGUGCAUCGAGGGUGUGAUAUAGCUCAUUGUUGCUUUUAGCUUCACUGGUUUCCGUAUGCUUGCUGUUUUGGAGCCAACUUAGGUCUAAAAAGUCUAAAAUAGACAAUUUUUAACUCAUUAACUUUAACGUUUCUUAAUUUUUCCAUUAAAACCUUCUCGCCUACUUUCUGCUGCUUCCAGCUCCCCCCUUAGAGGUGCACAGAUCAGAAUUUUUAAGGCUGAUUUUCAAAUUAAGCAUUUGGGAUGUUUAGUUUUACGCCCCCACACACACCAUCUUGCUCAAAUAAACAUUGAACCUCAUCCAGCCAGCCUUGUCAGAGAUCCACUUUUUUUAAUCUUCAUAAUUAAUAUUUUGACUGCAGAUCCGGGCAAGUUCAGACUAGAAGCUAUUUACCUGUAGCCAUUUCCCCAACUUAUAAAGAUCUGCUCACAUCUGCCUUAAGUCAGACACACUUAGUUUGAUUCCAGGUAUAGUCUUUAACAUGUGACCUCCAUAAAUUAAAAUAUUUGUAGUAACGAUGACACACUCUGGAAUAAAUUUGCCAGACUGCUAAAAUUUCAGCCGCUCUUUCAUUGGAAGGCAAGUUUUCUAUGUAGAGUUGACUUAAAAGAAGGAGUUAAGGAUGUGGAAAAGGAAAGAUUUUUGACGUUCUUAAACUUUGAGAAAUAGAAAAGUAAUAUUUGUUUUUUCCCUCAUAAAAGUUUAGACACUGCUCGAUAUAUACUGUAGGUUGUCUUUUUUUAUAGAGAGAACUGUGUUCUCCCUUAUUACUGGCCUUAAAGAUUGGUUUUGGCACCUGGCUUCUGUGUCACCUCAUAAUAAUUCCCCAGUGAAACAGAAAGACAGUGAUUUCUAACUAAAACUUAAGGCACUCUGAUUUAUUUUUUUUUUUUUUACAAUCUUUCACUGUUACAUUAUGCUAGUAAAAUAAAAGUGGAUGUUUUUGUAGACCUCUGUAAUCGUGGUUUAUAAAAGCACAACUAAUAAUCCUAUAACUGAGUGGGUUGUAUAGCUGAGCUAUUUAUCCUGAUCAACAUAUAAAGUGUAAGAAGUUGGCUAAAUAGAAUAAUUGGGGUGAGCCCAAUUAAGCAGAUCUUCUUAUAUAAUUAUAAUCUUUCCUCAGCCUGUGAAAAACUCCACCGUCACCAAUGAGCGACAUCAGACUUUUCACACACAGAUGGUACCUAUUUGGAAUUUUCAUUUCAUUCCCGAUUUUAACUCUUCCGUCAGAUUAGUUGUUAGAUCAACAAAUAUUCUGUGAUUUUAAAGUUUCUUUUUUUUUUUUUCUUCAAAGGUUCAGUGGUGUUCUCUCCACACCACUAAACCUUCUAAGCUGACAUUGUCUCAGGACUGAAUGAAUAUAUAUUCAACACGCACAUCUUACCUGUGGCUUGUUUUCUGAGCACAUUCUUGUUUGAUGUUUUAAUGCUUUCGGGCCACUUUGGAGUUUAAAACUUUGGGGGCAGCACAGUAAUCCGAUUUAGAUAUUUUCAAAUGAUCUGGAUAAGAGAGUUGAGAAAACGAAGAACUUGUGUUGAUUUCCUUUAAUUUAGAGGUGUGUCAACAUUGCACAACUGACCAGAUGUUGUAAAACUGGGACCUCCUGAAAAAGAGUCUUUCUGUAUUUCACUUUCUCUGUAUCUUUUUUUUUUUUUCAACUAUCAAACCAUCUCUGGCAAAUAAAUAAAUAAAGAUAAGCUUCUGAACUCUUA